GAACGAUCGAAACGACUCCGACUGUAAAAAAAAAAAAGAAAAGAGAGAGAGAGACUCGACAAACACAAACACAAAUAAAAACUAUUUUUUCUUUUCUCUUUUUAUUUUCUCCACUCUCUCUCUCUCUCUCUCUCUCUCUCUCUCUCCUGCCCUAGAUCUCGUAAAAUCCUCCUUUCCAGUCGGAAUCUCCAUCUGUUUUUUCUCCGUUUCUCUCUCCAGAUCGUCGCAUCGCUCCGGUUCUAAGUCCUCCCGCACUUGAUUCUCAGAUUCUUUUGUAUAUCACUUGAUUGGAAGAUCAGCUGUUGAAGUCAUUGUAUGGUAAUCUGUCCUAUUCAAGACUCAGACAGGUCGAAGAUUCGAGAAGGAGAGAAUGCAUGUGUAGAUAAUGGUUUGAUGGGAUUAUUUGGAUGAAGAUACCUAAGGCGUGGCGGCUUGGCAUCGGAGAGAUGCAUAUCGUGCCAGCCACACGCCACAGAUCUCCUUCAAGGAGGCCGCCAUGGAUUAUUAUUUUGGUUUCUUUGGUGUGCUUGUCGCUGAUCGGAGCUUAUGUUUUUCCACCUAGACGCUAUGCUGCUUGUUACUUGUUUGCUUCCAGCGUUUGCAGUCCUUUUAAGCAGUGGCUCCCACCUGUUCCUGCGAGGCUCUUAACCGAUGAUGAGAUUGCCUCCCGUGUUGUUAUUAGGGACAUUCUGAACUCACAUCCAAUUCAGCCAAAGAAUCCCAAAAUUGCAUUCAUGUUCUUGACUCCAGGUCCAUUGCCUUUUGAGAAGCUCUGGGAGAAGUUCUUCCUUGGCCACGAGGGAAGAUACACAAUUUAUAUACACGCUUCUAGGGAAAAACCUGAGCAUUUGAGUCCGUUAUUUGUUGACCGAGAAAUUCACAGCGAGAAGGUGGUCUGGGGGAAAAUUUCUAUGGUCGAUGCAGAGAAGAGGCUUUUAGCAAAUGCACUUGAAGACGCCGAUAACCAGCAUUUCAUUUUGCUCUCUGACAGUUGCGUGCCACUACAUAAUUUUGAUUAUGUGUUUAACUAUCUGAUGGAAUCAAAUAUCAGCUUUGUUGACUGCUUCGAGGAUCCCGGUCCACAUGGAACAGGAAGGUAUUCUGAACACAUGUUGCCUGAGGUUGAAAAGAAGGUCUGGAGGAAAGGCGCACAGUGGUUCACCGUGAAGAGGCAGCAUGCUGUGCUUGUUUUGGCCGACAGCCUCUACUACUCCAAGUUCAAGUUUUACUGCAAGCCAGGUAUGGAAGGCAGCCGCAAUUGCUACUCCGAUGAACAUUAUUUGCCGACCCUUUUCAAUAUGGUGGAUCCCAAUGGAAUUGCAAAUUGGUCCGUGACGCAUGUAGAUUGGUCUGAAGGAAAAUGGCACCCAAAAGCGUAUAGGGCUCAGGAUGUUUCAUUCGAACUCUUGAAGAACAUUACGGCGAUUGAUGAGAGCUUGCAUGUCACAAGCGAUGAAAAGAGAGAAAUUCAAAGGCGGCCGUGCUUCUUGAAUGGGUCAAAGCGACCAUGUUAUCUGUUUGCAAGGAAGUUCUAUCCUGAAGCGCUCAACAAUCUGAUGCAAUAUUUCUCCAAUUAUACAAGUAUUUGAGCAAUCUCUCCUGUGAUUAUUAUCAUUAUUCUUUGGUCGAUCCUCAGCUGUCGGCCCCCACCUCACCCGACCCUGACCCACCCCGUGGUUCCUAUUUAUAUAAAUGUUGUAAAAUGCAAAUUGGCUCGAAUGCCCGUCCCCACUCCACAACAACGGAUUGCGGCCGGCAAAGCAAACCCGGGGGUUUAACUUCAAGUCUUGAGCAGGGCCAAGCCAGCAGCCAGCCAGCAGCUCUUUCGCUCUGCUUCUUCUUGGAGGUGAUUGUUUUGCUAUUUUUCUCUGCCCCUCCCCUCCUGUUUUCUCUUUUGUUCUUUGUUUUGGGUUUUUUGCUAUCAUGUGAAUCUCUGGAUUCAAGACAGAAAUUUUGGUAAUCCAUUUAGCCUUUAAAAAAAAAAAAAAACAGGGAGGAAAAUUGCAAGUGAUUUUUAUUUGGUUGUUUA